CAUCUCCAGCCCAGCCAUGGUGAUGGAUAUUUGGACAAUUUCAUUGAGAAUCCUGCUGUUCCCCUCAGCACUGGUGCUCUGCUCUGAUUCCUUCCAUUCUGAGUGCUACACUGUAAACGGGGCUGAUUACAGAGGGACACAGAACCAGACAUCCCUAGAUGGUGGGAAGCCUUGCCUCUUCUGGAACGAGACCUUCCAGCAUCCAUACAACACCUUGAAAUACCCAAAUGGUGAGGGAGGCCUGGGAGAACAUAACUACUGCAGAAACCCAGAUGGUGACGUGAGCCCCUGGUGUUACAUUCCAGAGCAAGAAGAUGGCGUGUACUGGAAGUACUGUGACAUUCCAGCCUGCAAAAUGCCUGGCAACCUGGGCUGCUUCAGAGAUCACGGGAACCCCCCUCCUUUGACUGGCAUCAGCGAGACAUCUAAUAAACAGACCAUACAAACCUGCAUUACUAUGUGCCGGAGGCAGCGCUACAAGCUAGCUGGGCUGGAGGCAGGAUUUGCCUGUUUCUGUGGCAACAAUGCCGACUACAGGAAGCAUGGAGAGAUGCCCAGUACAGACUGCAACAGUGUUUGUUUUGGGGAUCACACACAGCCGUGUGGAGGAGACGGGCGCAUCAUCCUCUUUGACUCACUGAUUGGAGCCUGUGGUGGGAAUUAUAGCACAGAUUCUGCAGUUAUAUACUCACCGGAUUUCCCUGACACUUACGGGACUGGAAAGGCCUGCUACUGGACAAUUCAGGUUACAGAUGCCUCCAUUAUCCGGUUUAACUUUACUCUCUUCGACAUCAAAGACUCCAUAGAUAUGGUAGAGCUAUUGGAUGGAUACACCAAGCAAGUUCUGAUACGUUUUGAUGGCAGGAACCAUCCAACUCACUCCUUCAAUAUCUCCCUUGAUUUUGUCAUCUUAUAUUUCUUCUCCGAUCGCAUUAACCAGGCGCAAGGAUUUUCUGUUGUAUAUGAAGCUUUCAAAGAGGAAACCAUAGAGAAACCCAACGGCUCCAACAAUCAGUCACAGACAGAAAUGAUUACUCAGACGACCAACCUCAGUAUUAAUGCAGCUCGCUCUUCAAAGAUCCUCUAUGUUAUAACAACUAGUCCCAGCCGACCAAGUGGGCACGUGCCAGGCUGGACCAUCUACGCUCUGACUGGCCUCCUCAUUUUGACCAUCAUUGCUAUUUCGGCAAAAGCACUUUUACAUAUAUCAAUGAAGUCUGCCAGGUUGGCAUCCUCAUCUAGCCUGGACAGUUGCCACAGAGGAUCAGCAGGAGAAAUCUGGAGCAUAUUCUACAAGCCAUCCACAUCCAUUUCUAUUUUCCCAAAGAAAUUAAAGGGUCAGCAUGACGACCGCAAUCCUUUGGUAGGAGAAUAAGCUCUGUUUGAGGAUUUUCAGUAUUGCUGGGCUUCCCAGGGGAAUCUCUCAUGCCUGUGCUUAGACAUCUUUCAACAGACCACGAACAAGAGAUGUCAGCUGCCUAGAACUUUCCUGGCAUUGAGAUUCAACUUGAGAAGUACCCACAGUCCAAGAGUUGCUGUGGCACCUUCAUACAAGACAAUUCCCCAUCGAGAAGAUCCACAGAGAGAAGGAUCAGAGAAGUUUGCUGGUGUUGCUGAACUAGGAAACACCCCUUUUUAGCCUCUAAUUCAGGAUAUGGACAACAUGUGGUUUGUUUUGGGAUGGAACCACAACUUUAAUGCUGCAAGCGUUAUAUACAAUCAUUUCUGCUCUGUGCAGCAGGGUUUCCCAUAUAUGACAUGGUGAUGGACUUGCCUUCAGCUCCUACUUUUUAUAUUAUAUUUAUGAACUUAUAGCUCUUAAUAGAGCAACAGAAGGCUGUCCAGUUUUCUCACUCUACUUCAUCUCAAUCUACUGUGAUGGAGUUUUGCACUGUGCAAAUGUGCAUCUAUUGUUCCACCGAGC